GGCUAUUUACAAUGUUUUCACCAAUCUCUGCAAAAUGCUUAUUUAAACUAUUUACGACAUCUACCCUUUCAACAACCUCUUCUCCCUCAACAAGCAAUAAGUCAACUUUUGUUUGAUUAUCAGAAUCCUUUUUAAAAAAAGAAUUAAUAAAUGUCCAUUGUUUUUUAAUAUUAGUGCCAGCUCGAUCCCAUUCCUUACUAAAAUGUAAGAUUUUUAAAUUCUUUAUUUUAUAAUUAAUUCCACUUUUAAGCUUUUUACAUUCAUUUAUAUAUUCAAUGUUUAAGGGAUAUUUUUUUCCAUAAAAUAUAUCACAUUGUUAUAGUAGGAACGCUAUCAUAAUGUGGUGUUUAUUUUUUGUAGGUCGCCACUUAGGUGUUUUGAGCGAAUAGUGUAGGGGUGUGUAAUAAAUGAUUUGAUGAUUAAUGAAGUUACAACUCCUAGAUAUUUAUUUUUUUAGUAAAGCUAAUAUUAAUUGAUUUAUCCUGGUACUUAUUAUAUUGAUUUAAUAAAUAAACAUUUUGUUUCCCCCUCGUAUUCAAAAUAUUUAAAUUCUCUCGUUAGCCAAUGUAUUUAAAAUUCUUUAUGGAAUACUUUUAGUCGUUUUUAUAAUGUUUGUAUAUAAUACAUAUUGACAUUUAGUAUCCAAACCUAGCAUUUAAUUAGUCGUAUUGGGAAAAAAGAGUUAAUUCACGUGUGUUGAAAUUAAGUUGUCUUGGAGACUAAUAAUGGGGGUUUUUGGAGAGCAAAUUUCCAACAGUGAGCAGCAGGUUUCCAAAAUAUUAAUUUCUAUUAUUUCCCUUUUUGGAGAGAAUGGAUUGCCUGUAGAUCAGGUAGAGUCGGAGUAUAUAAAGGCUACCGGACAAUCUAUUCCGUGGGAAGAUUUUGGGUCAGAGAGCUUAAAAUCAUGGCUUAUUACUUUGCCUUACAUAUACCAUGUUCUUAACCGAUUUAAUGAAGAAGUUUACAUCACUCAAAGUCCGAAAUCUACGCAUAUUACGGAAUUAAUUAGAAAUCAGAAAAAGAUCACUAAUUAUCCCGCCCAAAUGCGAAUGAACGGCUUUGGACUUAAAAGAAAGAACUUUUAUUAUCAAGAUAAUACUGAUGAUAGACCUUACAAAAUGAAGAAGAGGCUAGAAUGUGAAAAUCUACCAGCAGGUUCCUUUGUACAUACAUCAAUUAAUAAUUUAUCUGGUAGUAGUUCACCUAAUAGAUAUGGAAAAUUUGAAGAAUUGGAAUCUAUGCUCCCGCUAUUUUACAAGCAUCAGGCGCUUGGGGAUGAUUUUUUUGUAGAUAUCGCUGAUACAAAAUUAGGAUAUUAUGUUCCGGCUAAUGGACCAAAAGAAACUGGGCUUUGCGCAGUAGGACAGACUAUUGCCGAAUUGACCGAGAAAGUAAGAAAAGCAGUUAAUUUGGCACCUAGGGUUGUUGUGAUGAUUGGAUUUAAAGAUUUAUGUAAUAAUCAAAAUGUUAGCUCGAUGAUGAUUGACCUAAAACAUCUUAUCCAAGAACUGAAGAAAAAAAGUACACGCGUGACACUUGUCACUUUAAUUCCUUCGCCAAAACUUCCCGAGUCCCAAGUUUAUGAGACCAGAAGAGACAUUUUCAAUAGAAUUAUUUGGAGCUACGCUUCUGAUGAUCGCCUUCAAUGCAACGUCAUUGAUAUGAAUACUAUUUUUAUGAAGGAAGCGAAUAAUUUUAGAAGAGAUUUUGACAGAUUUACAAGGGUAGCAAAAAAUGACCCCUACAAGGUAUUCUCGGAUUAUGGAAGAAAAAUUUUUCUGAAUGCUCUUAAGUCUUGCUUGAAACAGCAAAUCGAACAUGGCUACUGAGGUAUUCAAUUGCUGUUUUAAAAAAAUCCUGUAAUAUAUUUUUUUUAAUUUUCGUUUAAUGUUAUUACAUAAUAACAUUUAUUUCUGUGUUGUAAAUGAUAAUGAAAUCUAGGCUGUUUUCCAUUUCGUUUAGACACUUCCCAACGAAAUUUAUUUAUUGUACAUUGUAAUUUUUAGUUUCGAGCACAUCUGUGAUAUUUUAAAAAUGUAUUUUGUAAGUAAGUUCCUUUUAAGUUAGUAUUAAUUUAUACUUUUAAGUUAUUUUUAUAUAGAAUAAUAUAACCAUAUUGUAAACUAGAGCAAGAAUAAAUAAGUUGUAUGGUAAAUAGUUUAGAUUUAAGUAAC